AUGAACACGGACCGGGGCCGGACGCGGAGGGAGAGGACCUUUGUGGGGAGUGAGUGCGCCGUCUGUGAGGAGCCGCUGGAACACACGCUCCGUGGAGAGAGGAUCCUGCAAUUUUCGUGCUCGCACGUUUCCCACGAGGCCUGCUUCUACGAGUUUAUCCGCGAUUUCGAGUCGCAAUAUUGCCCAGCAUGCAAUGCGCCCUUGCAUCUAGAUACGAGCCGUGGAGGCAACGUAUUAGAUAUCGAGAGGAUAACAAGCAUGGUGCGAUCAGCGUCGGCUGGCGAUAGUAGAUCACUGACGACACCGACACCGAACCCGAGUAACGCCUGGGAGAGCCAGGGUAAUGGCCGGCCACCUAGUGGGGAAUCGAAUGGUAGGAGUAUAGCCCCUAGUAACGGUCGUGAGAGUGCAGCCCGAGGUAGCCUGCGAGACAGUCGGGAAGCACCCAGUUCGGAACGGUACAACGGGGCGAGACAUGGGCGAAGCGACAGCGAAGCAACUGGUGUCGCUUCCUCCACUGGAUACCCUGAGACGGCGCAGAGCGGACCGCCGCGCCGACACGACUAUGACGUCCAAGCCAUGGAAACGACGCCCGGCAGCCCGAGACCCAUGUCGCGAAACCCGAUCCCGCCGCCUUCCGUCGUGGUCCGGUCCGAGUUCCCUACCAUAAAUCGAUCGAGACAGCAGCAAACCCUUACCUGCCUGGUCACGGUAGAGGUAGCUGAUAGCAAGUGGAAGCCAGAUCCCGAGGACCUAGCAGUUGUGAAUCCGGCACCACCUAUGCGUAUAGAGGAUGCGUUCGCGCAGAGACCGCCUUCGCCAGCGAGGAGCUCGCAGCCACGUUUCUACCCGUACGAGGCUCCAGAGGUACUCGAGGAGAUGACCGAGAAUCUAAGGAACCGGGUUGACAACUGGCACGGACUGGAUUUCAACAGAUUUGGAAAACUGCGGCUCUACGGCACUCUGCGAGUCGGAAAAGAUAAGGUUUCGUGGCAAGAACUAGAGUGUUAUCUCUUUGCGGAGAUGCUCAUCUGUGUCAAAGAGAAAAAGAACCUCCCGCCAACGCACCAGCAACAAUGGGACGAAAACGGAAUGCCUCGGAAGGCGACACGGUGUACCUUAAAGGGGUCCAUACUCAUCAAGAAGCAUCUGAAUGAAGUCACAGAAACUGGUAUGAUCGACGAGAACAUCCUGACGCUCAGUCUCUCUGUUACCGAGCUUCCGCAGUUCCACCUACGUUUCGAUAACCGAAACCAGCUGAAGUUGUGGCAGCAGGCUCUGCUCGAUCUCAACGCGGUCGAGGGAUCUCCGAUCAGGAGUCCGGACUACGAGCGGGCUGAAGCGUCGGAGACCGACGACGAGGAAUGGGGCCGGAACCGGCAGCGGGUUUCGUCGCUGGCUUCUUCGUACGGCGGGCCUAAAUCUGUGACGACGGCCCCGACCGAGUACACAAGCGUCGUCAAGAGCCCCCUGAUCUCGUCGUUCCACGUACCGAUUGACGUAGUCGUUGUCGUGCCAAUCUCGUCGUCGAUGCAGGGCGUCAAGAUCAACCUUGUGCGAGACGCCCUGAAAUUCAUGGUCCACACGCUCGGUGAGCGGGAUCGCAUGGGCCUAGUUACGUUCGGCUCGGGAGGCGGCGGUGUGCCCAUCGUGGGGAUGACGACGAAGGCGUGGCACGGGUGGCACAAUAUCCUGGCCUCGAUCAAACCCGUGGGCCAGAAGAGCCACCGCGCCGACGUCGUGGAGGGUGCUAACGUCGCCAUGGACUUGCUGAUGCAACGCAAGUACAACAACCCGAUCGCGACCAUCAUGCUCAUCAGCGACGCUUCUACGUCUGACGCUGACAGCGUCGAUUUCGUCGUCUCGCGAGCGGAAGCGGCCAAGAUUACAAUCCACUCGUUCGGUCUCGGCAUGACACACAAGCCGGACACCAUGAUCGAGCUGUCGACGCGGACGAAGGCGUCUUACACAUACGUCAAGGACUGGAUGAUGCUGCGCGAAUGUCUCGCGGGCUGCCUGGGUUCGAUCCAGAGUCUGUCACACCAGAAUGUCAAGCUCAAGCUUAGGCUCCCCGAGGGCUCGCCGGCGCGCUUCCACAAGAUCAGCGGCGCCUUGCAGAUCACGAAGCGCGCGACGGGCCGGGACGCCGAGGCUGCACUCGGUGAUCUGCGCUUCGGCGACAAGCGCGACAUCUUAGUGCAGCUCGUCAUAGUCCCCGACAACGCGUCACAGGAGCAGCUACCGCAGGACCCCUGGGAGACAAUCGUGUCCGGCCUCGAGGCCCUCGGUGGCCCCGUCGACCACGAUGAUCAGCGCACCCUCUCCGUCGAGGAGCUCCCCCUCAUCCAGGCCGACCUUGUCUGGGGCGACAUCCUGCGCGACGGCACCAUGAUGCACCUCCCGCGCCCCUCCCUCCUUGCCAUCACCAUGCUGCCCGCCCCUGGUACCAACUCCAAGAAGUCUUCGUGGCAGAUCAACCCACCGAUCCCGCCCCACCCACACAUCGUUCAGCGCCGCAUGGAGCUGCUCACAUCGGACAUGCUUACGCGAGCGCUGACGCUCGUCACGCGCGGCCAGCACGACCGCGCGCACACGCUCCUCAACGAAACACGGUCGAUCCUCAAGGGCCUCGGUAAGGGAGGCCUGCCGCCGGUACCGGUGCCGCCGCUGCCGCUGUCAGGAAAGUCAAAUCCGUCGACGCCGCAGCCAGGAUCCGAGGGGUCACCCAUCUCAGCGACGCCGGAUCGGAAGCACACACCAUCGCCGACAGCUUCGGCCCACUCGUCGGGUGCGAACGGCGGUGGGUUCCCCACUGGCACGCUGCUUCCGCGGAGUCGGUCCAACGACGGCCUGGCGCUCGGUGCCGCGACUGGCAUCGACGCCGGUACUGUCGCCGCCCUCGACGCCGAACUCGAAGCCAGCCUCGAGUGGAUCAGUCACCCCGCUGUCUUCGGCCGUGAUAGCCGCAAGGCGGUCCUCCAGGCCAUCGGCGUCAUCAGUAGCCAGCGCGCCUUUACCUUCCGUACUCCCAUCGAGAGCCUCUGGGCCGCCCGCGUUGGUGGCGUCAAGCGCCUCACCGACAAAAGUCGCGAGUGGCGCGAGGAGGCUGGAGGCGAAGGCAUCAUCGAGGAACCAUGA